AAGCAUGAGCGUAAGCCAGGUACUCCUUUUCAGCGCGUCAGACCCGAAGAAGUGGAAUUUGUCGAUGAUCGAUUAAGGGAUAACUCGUACGUCGGUAAAGGUGGCUCGGAUGAGAGAUCUUACGGCUGGAAAGCUCAUCAGGAUCUGAUCAAAGUCCGAGGCGAUCGAUUCCGUGCGGAAAAGAACAAAAAGAAGCGAGGUUCCUACCGAGGCGGAGAAAUCACCUUUGAAAGUCACAGCAUCAAGUUU